AGAUCAAGCUGUAUGAUUCGCAGGGAAAAAUUUUCAAAAGAGCAGCCCCCAAAAGAAUUUCUCUCGUCUUCUUCUUCACCCACCUUCAACUACCCAAUAAUUUUAUUAUAAAUAAUCCAGACUCCCUCCAUUAUUCCAGUCUAAUUAAUUUACGGUAAAUACAUAUUCUUCUCCUUGUGCUUCAAGCUCCUUCGACUUCCGAUCCCCCAAUGGAUGUAAAGGAAGAAACGCUUCAAUCGGAGUUGAAACGUGUGAGAGAUGAGAACAGCGCCCUAAAAGUGAUGCUUCAAGUUCUGAACAGCAAAUACCAAAAGGUGCAAUAUCAACUUCAAGAAAUUAAAGGAUCGGAACCGAAUCAAAUUAUUGCAUCAGUUUCUGAUUACGAUACGAAUAAUAAGAGACCAAGAAUUGAGUUACCCAUAGCUCAUAAGCCACUACAGAUCUUCGCCAGAACUCAUCCAAAGGAUAACAGUAUGAUAGUAAGAGAUGGAUAUCAGUGGCGGAAGUAUGGCCAGAAGGUUACAAAAGAUAAUCCAUCGCCUCGAGCCUACUUCAGAUGUUCCAUGUCUCCAAACUGCCCUGUCAAAAAGAAGGUACAAAGAUGCGUCCAAGACAGGUCAAUCCUAGUGGCAACUUAUGAAGGAGAACACAACCAUGGGGUUGUUGAUCCUAAAACUCCCCAGGGCUCAGUUGCUGACGACAAAUUAGAAGCGACCAACGUUAAUGAUGCUGGGCUUCCUGGUUGGACUCUGACAGAUAAAAGACCCCCCGAGGAUGUUGGCACCAUCAGAAUCGAACAAUUUGUGGGUUCUCUCAUCAAAGAUCCCAACUUCACCGUAUCGUUAGCCGAAGCAGUUGCACGCUCCAUCACUACCCCACAACGCAAGCAACAAGAAGAUCUCGACCUUAAUUUGAGUCUCGCUGAAGUGUAAAGAGAAUGAGUAUUCAGAAAAAAGUAGUUAGGAAACUGGUAGGGUCUCUCACGAUUGAAUUUGUAAACUUAUGAGACGCAUAUAUAAAAUGGAAGUAUGCAAUUUUCCUCUC